AUGACACACAGGAUGGAAGGGGAUCUUUGGGCGGUGGCGGAUUACUUUAGAGGUGUAGGAAAUGAGCUGGAUCAAACAGGAGCCUUGGACUUCGAGCCGUUUCAGCAAUUCUGGUAUCGUCACAAACGGGUCGUUGCUUUAAAGAAUGUUAAGAAACAAUUAUUAACGGGCACGGGGAAUUCUCGGAGCGAUGCAUUGUAUCCAUCGAGACGACGGGCUGAAACCGACUUUGAAAGUGACGACGUGCUUUCCAUAACCGACAAUUGGGAUAUGGAAUCCAGUAAACUGGAAAAGUUCAAGGACGAAGUACAAUGGAGUUUGAGGGACGACCGAGACUUUUUCGAACCUGAUCAAGUCAACACUCCGUCGAAUUCUAGCAAUGAACUGAUUGAAGCUGAAAAGGCCUUCACUGCAGUUGAGAAAGAUAUAAAUGGUGCUCAUAGGGUAUUCAGGUUGCAACUACUGGCCUUGAGACUUCGGUCGUUGAGGAGUGAGGCCACGCAACAUUGUGGGGGCAGCCGCAUUCCCUUGGACAAACGCAUAACGACAUACUUUGCGGAAAAGUGCUGGGCACACCUCGACGCAAAGGUCCAGAAAGAGCAACGUGAAAAGCUCGCGCGUUGGCGCACUUAUGGGGAGAAAUGGCUUGCGUUAACAGAGCCCGCGAUUGUCCUGGCCUUCGGUCAUAUACCGAGCGACAAUCGGUGCUUUACGGAAUUCGAACGACGGCGUUUCCCGAUAGCAGCUUUCAAUGCAGUCGUCGGGACGUUGCAGGCUGCGAGUAUCAUCCACAAUUUGAGGAGGUUGUGGUGUCUGCAAUUGUCUCGGAACCGCCUUUCAAUCCGGUUUCAUCCAGAGCGAUGUUUUUGCGAAGGUACCGAUGCCGUUCUUAGUGAUGAGGUGACUCUCUCGCCCGAGCCACCGGAAGAGAGGGCUGGAAGGCAUAGAGAUUCGAUAGACAACGCGGAGCAGGUGCGCAAUACUUCAAAAAGGCCGUCGGAGCUUGCGUUAGCCGCAUCCAAAAGGCCUCGCUUCCAAUUCCGAGACGAGGAUGUCGGGAUGCAAGAGAUAGGGCGGGAUGGGCUACUUACCUCUGCAAGUCAUGGGAGGGUAUCCGACACGGAUGAUGUUGGGAGUGAGCAGUCCUCCCCUGAGUCCAGUCCCUCGAGUGCAGCGGAACAUGCCUCAGCAGAAAACUCUGUUGAAGCCAUUACCCCUGCAGAGAGAACAGCUAUCCCACGACCUCUAACACCAUCAACUGAAAUGUUGCCUCGAGUCGUACCCCAUGGUAAGCGUUCAGAAAGCGGACAGGCAAGCGCUUCAACACGGGCAGAGUUUAGUCCAGAAAACAAUACCUGGACUCAGGGGGAGACUGCGAGCCGGCAGACAACUUCAGACACAUCAGCUUUGUCCGCCAACAUAUGGAUACCCGGUAGGAGUGCUACAUAUACCUCAAUACACUCUGAUACAUAUCAGGAUGUGGCAGGCAGCGGUCCGCAACCUCAGGCCGCGCCCGGAUUCAACGGAAUGGGUAUGGAUACCCGUGACGACGUGGACGAAACGCGUCCGUAUAGCAAUAUCAUACAGGAAUCUGAAACAACGGCCAACCCAACAGUGGCUCCGCCUGAGUUGCCAUCAGACUGCUACUACCAUCCUUCUGCAUUUGUGAAUUUUUUUGAGACAGACGCGACCAUACAGGAAUUUGAAACAACAGCCGACCUGACAGUGGCUCCGCCUGAGUUGCCGUCAGACUGCUACUACCAUCCUUCUGCAUUUGUGAAUUUUUUUGAGACAGACGCGACCAUACAGGAAUUUGAAACAACAGCCGACCUGACAGUGGCUCCGCCUGAGUUGCCGUCAGACUGCUACUACCAUCCUUCUGCAUUUGUGAAUUUCUUUGAGACAGACGCGACCAUACAGAGAUCUGAAACACGCGAAUUUUGA